UGCAAGAUUUCGUCGUAUUGGUCUUCUUGAACGUCGUUUUCUACGAUUUUGUGACAUGUUGGAAUAGUUUACACAACAGGGAAGUACAAGCAUUUGUUAUGUGAGGCUUUGCGAUUACGUUUCUCUUUGUGACGACUAAAGCUCAGUAUCAAAAGGGACGGAAAGAGUACGACAAGUAUGCCAGUUUCAGCUGAAAAUUCUCAAGAGGACCAGGUCAACUAUAGACAUAAGUACAAGAACUUGAAACGGAAGCUGAAGUUCCUGGUCUGUGAACAAGAAUGUUUCCAAGAAGAACUCAGAAAAUCACAGAGGAAACUACUGAAGAUCAACAGAGAUAAAAGCUUCCUUUUGGAUAGACUGUUGCAGUAUGAAUGUAUUGACCAGUCAUCAUCAGACUCAGAAGAAACUGCAUCAUCUGAUAAUGCUAGUGACACAGAAGGACAGAAGGUUACAGGGACUGAAGGUUCCAAACACAAGAAGAAGACAGCCCCUUAUGCUCCCAUGUUUAACCCCAGCACCAUGUCGGGCAUGUUCGGACCCUUGGGAUACCCACAGACUGGUGCCAUGACACAACCCAUGAUGGCUCCGACCAUGGCUGGAUUUGCAGGCUAUUUCCCCUCGGCACAGAGAGUUAAGAGUGAGAGUCCAGGGCCAGGCAGACCAAGGAAACAACAACAGAGACCCAAGAAAUCCUCAACUAAGUCUAGCAAAUCAAAAGCGGCCAAAGAACAUGGUGACUCCAAGGGACAGUUGUCAUCCUUACAAAUGCCUGGGCCGCCCUCUGCCACUGUGCCACAUGAACUCUUUAGUGGGGGCACUGGGAAUCCAGAAAGUGAGCCAGACGCACCGAUGGAUGAGUCCAUGUCAUCACAGAGUUUACCAAGUGACUUGGACGAUGCUUAUGAUGGUGACGACAACUUAGUCAUUGACAUACCAGAGUAAAACUUACUGGAAAGAUAUAACGUCGUCACAUCCAAUGGUAAUAAUGAUUAGCCAAGAUCAUUAUAAGACAUUAUUCGUUUAACCUUAAUGUAGGCUUCUUUGACCUUUCUCACACAGUGGUAUACGUCAAUGGGCAAUGGCUAAAAGUGAGAAGUAAAUCAUGUUAAAGCAGACUUUAACAUUGAUAUGAAAUGUACUUGCAUCAAGUGGUCAGCAAUUUUUGUUGUACAGUGAAGUUAAUAAAAAUAUUACACUAAGACUUCU